CUUAGCGGGUCGGCCAACAUUCGUCCAACAGAUUCUGAACUGCCCUACGGACACUCUCAACGGCCAUCGUUCAUCACGCAGCUCAAUUUUUGUAGUGAAUGCGGCAGAUGCUGAAUGCACCAGCCGGUUCCUCCUCCUUCGCCUGGCUCCAUUUACCUAUCUCAGUUCAUCGCUCUCUGGUUCAUCUCAGAACAUCAUGGGUGCAUACUACGACGAGGUGGAGAUUAAGGACAUGGUCUGGGAUGAGAAGCGGGUUAACAUUAUUCGUGUCCCUGUGGAGCCCGCUUCGAGAUUUCACUGAAGCAACUCGCAAACAACGAAGACUUUGCCCUCUCGGCAGUCUUGUCAUCCGAGUGAUCUACGAUCUUCUCGAUUAUGAGGACGAGCCCUGGGAUGAAGACGAUGAGGGCGAGACUGCAAGCGAUGGCAGUGGCGAGGGGCACUUUGAAGACGCCUUUGAUUGUCUCAAUAUCGCUGGCAAGCAGCCACGCUCUGUCGCCGUCGCUGUGGGCCAGCCAGUCAAGUUGGUCGAUAGACAGAAUCGGGCUCGGCACUGCACACAGCACUCGCUGACUCGCCCAAAGUAUGAUACUCCAUGUUCGUUCGCGAUCCGCCACUGCUGGCAGCAUCUUCAACACAAGGCUCUUAUGUCGCCUGCAACAGAGGAUCGCUCCGCUCGAUUGUGGGUGAGUUGUCCCUGCGGCAUACUUGAUAUUUCGCAUCGAUCGCGCGAGGGUGAAAGCACUCCAGUACUAUCAUGUUGAUUACAUGACCGCCGAUGUUUCAAAGCUUGAG